AUAAACAAUAAGAAAUCCAAUCCUGCCGCCUACGCAUACACUUGAUGUGGCCAUUUCCAUUUCGCAUUGACCGCACAUCACCCGAUGCUGGCCGUUUACACCUACACGCGACGAGAAAAAUCAAUCACAUCUUCCCGCCUCCGUCGGUAUCCAAGGCAACGAGUAAACAGCGGGGAGACGUCGCGACGCGCGCUACGCUGGCAAUCGCUCCUACUUUAUUAUUUACGAAAUUAAUUUCUAAUACCUAGUGCCCGUGAGUUAGUGAAGUGAAUGAAUAAUGGCUGACGAAGGAGCAGGCGGUGCGGGCGGCGAGAAAGUGAUCCACACGUAUCCUCUAAUCAGACACUCCGACAUGUCUGAAGAGAUGCGUAUCGAAGCGAUGGAGCUCUCAGUGACUGCAUGCGAGAAAUUCUCGCAAAACAACGAGCUGGCCGCGCGCAUGGUCAAGGAGUCCAUGGACAAGAAGUUCGGGCCCGCCUUCCACGUGGUCGUCGGCGAGAGCUACGGCUUCGAGAUCACCUACGAGUGUACCACGAUAUGCUACAUGUACUUUGGAGGGAACCAGGCUAUAUGCAUCUGGAAGUGCUCGUGAAUACGCGGACGUUUUAGAUUAUACUGGUGGUGUUAUCAAUAACUUUUAGUUGGUAUUUUACAUUUGGAUGGUCGCCAUAUUUGAACAGGACAUAGUUACGUUUGAAUAUGUAAGUCUUAAAUAACGAAAACGACGAGAGAGCUUUUCUUUAAGAUAUUUUAAAGGAUUAUUUAUAAAUAAGAAGGAAAAUUACUUAGAAUAGCGCUAAAAAUAUUGCCAAUGACGGGCAGCUUAGCUUUAAAAAAUUUCGACUGAAACAAUUUUAGUUGUUUUCAUAUGCAAAACGGUGCUGAGUGCUGACACGAAACAAUUCAGAACAGCCGCCAUUAGCAUAAACGCGAUAAACUAGUAUUUGACCACUAACUUCGCUACGGAUUUCUUUUUGUUAGCUUGAUUUCGUAUUCAUAAGUUUUCUUUUUGCAUAAUCAACUUUCAGUAGAAGUACCAACUGAAUUCGGCUUUCUUUUUAUCACCAAAUGACUGAUUUAUUAAUUGUAAUAUUCCAUCAGACGUGUUGAUGCGCGUCAAAAUCGGUUAUGGCGCGCUGAGUGGAUCACCCCUCCUCGUCGACACAGGAGGGCGCACCGCAAGGGUGAAGCCCUACGCGCUUUCCCCUAAUUGCAUUACAUUUGCCUACAUAGUAUGUCUAGAUGUAUUUUUACUAACAAUCAUGCGUAGAACACGAAAUCAGACUCGCGUCUUUAACAACAUCCUGUAUAAUACUAUGAUGAAUAACGUUAGAAUCAGAAAGCUUCGCAAAUAAUAGCUUCGGAAUUUAGUUUACCAACUUGUUGAACUGCUGCAGCUGCUAAGCACUCCCGACGACUUGGUGACAAGUGUCGGAAACCAGGUCAGAGCAAUGUGAAACGGUGGCCAGCGUAAGUGCACACGACAAUCAAUAUCUGUUUCGACGACAACGAUUUGCAUUAAAAGUCAGUAAUUUAAUAUCAUGCUCAUUGCACUUUCCAACUACAUAGUUCUGAUUUAAUAAAAUUUUAAAUUUAAGGUACUUUUAAAUACAAAUGGGUGCUAAAUAUUUGUAACAAGAAACUCCAUACAGGCCCUCGCUCCGUACGCGACCUUCGGACCACUCACGGUCGAGAAGGGACCUCCGUAAUGGUAAUACGCAAUUAGCUAUAGAACGGUGUUAUUCGAAAAACACUAGUUAUGCCAAAGUUAAUUAUUUUUUGUGGAGUGCCCGCAGCCUUGAGCACAGUAUCCUAUUGUUCACUGACUCAUAAACUUCGAUGGGAACGGCAAUUGCAGUUGCCGUUUUUGUAACGAUUUUGUCAAUUAGACGUUAGUUUUUAUGGUAAUUAUGUGUAUUUACAAGAUACAUUUCAAGUUCACUGCGAUGUACGUACAAAACUAAAUCGAGGCCAUAUUAAUAAUGAAACUUAUAUAUUUUGUCAUUAAAUCAGAUUGCUAUUAUUAUUAUAAACACAUAUUGUGUAGUAUGUAAAUUUUAUAUAACAAUAAAUUCUAAUGUUUGCAA